CGUGGACCGGGGACAAAAUCGGGGUUAUCUGGCACAGCUAUGUGCAGAAAGCUUGUUUGUUGGGAGUCAAAUGUUUCGAAAACGCCAAGUGUCCAUUCAGACAUCGUAGGGUGUAGAACUGCGAACUCACACCCGUCGUUGAGUCCCACGAGUAACUAAAGGGCAAAGGGCGAUAGAUCAACUCUCAAGAAAACAAGAAAAUGGGCUGCGCAGGCCUCGUACAAGGCUUGACUGGUGCCUCCAUUGGGAUGGUGCUGUUACUGUGUAUCCCUUGCAUGCAAGCCAUCUUUCCCGCUCGCACACCAGACGUGGUACACUACCUGGGCAUCAUCAUUAUAAAUAGCAUGCAGCAGGUACUGAUACAUCGACAGUCGUGCCGUCUCUCGCUAAACAUCGCAAGCGGUAGCUCCUGUCAAUUCACAAGUCCCGUCACACGUUCCCACGCGACAUAGCGUAUCGACCACAGCCCCUGACCGAUCCAACUCGAUCAGUAUGACUCCGCCAAACAUACCGCGCGUUUAUCGCUGGUGGCACCUCUGGAUCGAGCCAGCAGCGGCGUUGGGCGGCUCCCGGCUGCUGUGGUGUCUGCCGGAGACAUACCACGAGUAUAUGCCUAUCACAGCCGAAUGGAGUCCGAAGUCAAAGAUCAUCUAUGACCAGCUCGCCGCCUGCUACCUUUUAUUUGCGUUCAAUCAGGCUAUCACACUCAGAGUGGUGCACGAUGUGUACGUGUGGAAAGUGCUGCUCUUCGGUAUGGCGUUAAGCGACGCCGCGCAUGUCUACUCGUUGUGGGCCGAGAUGGGUGCGAGUGUGUUCUUAUCUCCAGGAGGUUGGAGAACAAAAGAUUGGGUGACCGUGGUAACGACUGCUGGUCCGUUCUUUUUAAGGGUAGCCUUCAUACUUGGUAUUGGUCUUGCUGGCAGCAAGAAAGAAAGGAAGAGUGCUUAGGGAUCUUCAGGUUCAGUCACAGAGUAUCCCUGGGUAGUGCCUUCGUGGAACUUUGCCAAGCCAUCAUCCUAUUGUAAUUUGGCCUUGUCUUGCCCGAGCCCUCUUGACGUAUAUUUCGGUCUGUCCUCCUGUAAAGCCAUCUGUGUAGAGCUCAAAUCUAAGCGCUCCAUUCUCCUCUACCUCGCAUGUAGGCUCAUCAAGAGCUGAUCCAUAGUAUCCCCCAGACAAUAAGACACCGACAGCCUCCAUAUUGGCAUCCUGUAAACUUUCGUAGGCACCAACACGAUCUUUUGUGAUCAAGUAUUCUUGGCUACUAACGUGCACGAUGACUUCGUAUACAUAUCCAGCCUCAUGUCGGUGCCCGUAUUGACGACCACGCUCCAGUGCUUGUCGAAGGCUUGC